UUGAACCCCGAUCUCCUGAGUGAAACGUAGGAGCCAAGUAAGCAAAUCCAUUAAAUUUUCUGAGUAACGUAUAUAAAUAUUUGAUAUUUAAGCUGUAGCGUUGGUCCAUCAACUUUCAUGUUUCACCUUUUCUUGACUAAAAUCCCCGGUUUUGGGCCAGCUGACACAUCAUUUGUUAAUAAGCUUUGAAACACCUACCUAAAUAAAAAGAAACCAGCCUUGCUAAAAUGCUCCGGUCAAAUUUGACACUACCUCCCUGGCUAUAAGUACAUAACACUAUAUCAUGCGAUAUCGUAGGGACAGAUCAAGAUUGCGGGCAGUGAGUAACUGUCGCAUCUUUAAGAAGGUGUUUCUUGCCUGUCCUAUUCUACAUUUAACCUCUUGUUGUUGGUCUAAGGUUUCAUGUAUCCAAUACCCUGGGUACUUAAACGUUUUCACUUGUUCCACGAGGUUGUUGUUGACUAGGAUGUUUAUAACUGGUAAAAAAAUAUUAGAAAUGAAAAAGGUCCCAGAUGGAUUAGAAGUUAUUUCCAUAAAAAGCCUUUCCACUGUUAAAUAUGAUUAUUUAAAAACGACUAUCUGUGAUAAUAUGGUAUAUACGUUAUACAGAGAACAGAUGAUGAACGGCUACAGGUAUUCGUUUGAAAAAUGCAAUUUAGAUACCCACGAAAUGGACAUCAUUUUCGACGGACUGAAAACGCUGCAAGUAGAAGAGAACAUUUUCAACUUAGAUCUGCCGGAUCAUUCGUUAAACAUAUUCUCAGUCUCUCACCACAAAUUAUUUGACGAAAAUGAAUUGGUGAAUAAAAAUUUCUGAUUUUUUCAAUAAAAAAUAUUUAUGA